AUGUCACGAUAUGGCAACUUUCAUAAAGGGCUCACUGGAUCGAAAUGUUACUCCAUUGAUAAUGAUUCAACUCAUCAUUACUGGGAAAGUAAAUCAUACUCCAAGACCUAUUUUAAAAACAAGUCUCUUUAUUUAAAAUUUAGGUAUUAUGAUUCCACCAGUGUUUUGAAAUUCCUUUUCUUUCACUGGUUAACUAAAUGGGCAUUUCUUCUUUCCAAACAAUAUGUAGAGCCAUAUAAGUUACAUCCACUUCCUGUUGCUGACCAAAUUCUACAUUGGCAACCAAUUUUUUCAAAGAACCUUAGCGAUGGUCUACUAAGUCUGGAAUCAUAUGAAACUAGCCAAUAUGGACACCCAAAUACCAAACCACCUAGAUCUGUUCUCCUUCGUGCAUUGUUCUUGACAUUUUGGAAACGAACAUUAUUUGGUUUACUUGGCAUUGUGGUUACUAAUGUACUUAGUAUGAGCAUUGCAUUACUUAUCAAGCAUCUACUUGAUACAUUAAACACUAAGUCGUUUACUCUAGCUAAGAUAUUUUUGUUUUUAUUUGCUAUAAUAGGAUUACAAAUUAUAGAUGGAUUAUUGAUCGAGAACUUCACUUAUUAUCUUCUUCGAUUAAGGCUUAUAUGGGAAUAUUCCAUUGCAAUUACUGUGUUUCAACAUGGCUUAUCUCAUAGGCGCAACUUCUAUAAUAAUAUUAAUGGAUCAAACUUCUUGAAUGUUUGUAACAAUGUUCUACAUAGUUGUUCCCCUGAUUCUGAUUGUUCAAAAAAUCCUUUGUAUUGUCCUGCCAGGCGUUUCCAAAACAAAGAUAUUACUCCUAACAUGUUCACGUUUGAAAUCAUGGAUCCAUUCUACAUUUCAAUGUUUUUACAAUCACUGAUAUAUGUUGUCAACUUCUUGUCAAAUUUUAUUUAUGGAAUUGUAUUAAUUUCGACUCAGAUUAAGAUUAAUGUAUGGGUAUUGUACGUACUUGGUGCCGUUUUCACAUUCAUGCUGAUCGUUGUUGAGAUCAUAAAUAGUUUUAUAUUCCACUUUAUUUG